AUGGAAAACUCAGCCUCUAGUACUGGUAGCAGUCCACCCAAUAGUCUCUUCUCUUCCAAAUGUGAAAUACAUACUGAUUCUGAGAAAAAAAACAUGAGUAGUGCUGGCAAAGAACACGUGGAAAAUGUUCUGGAAGAAUACUCGCAGGAAAGUAGGGAUGUGCAGAACAGGCUGAAUGAAACCACUGAGCUACAUGAACAACAGAAAAUCAAUUUAAGAAUCAUUGCUGAUUUGCAGACCAAACUGAUGGAAGUGCAGUUGGAAAGAGAUGUGCUUCAGGAUACCAGACAAAAGGAAUCCCAGAGCCAAGAGAAUAUAAAAAUACAGCUAAAACAUACUAUUCAAGAGCUGGAAGCUGCCAACCAACUGCAGGAGGAGAUGCUGAGGGAGGCUGACAGCCAAACUGAGCAUUUGAAAAAGAUGGUACACAGCCAUGAGGAAGUACUUCUGGAGCUACGUGGCAUCCUAAUGGACUACAAAGACAGCACAGGCAAGAAACUAUAUGAGCACGAGAGUAUCACUAGCCUACACAUCCACAACUUGAGCACAGCAUUUGCUGACGUCCUGCAAGUUUUAGACUCAGAGGUGUCAUACCUCAAAGAAAAGGUUGUCCUGGUGGAAGAAGAACUUCAGUCAUUGAAAAUAGAUUCACAGACCCAAAAACAACUUCUGCUUCAGCAACAUCAAAAUAGGUAUCUGCAGCUAAUAAGUGAGCAUGAACAGGAGGUGGCAGCACUAACUAAAAAAGCUAACAGGGCACGCAGCUAUGAAAAUAGUAUGCGAAGCCAGGUGGAGAUCAUUCAAGAACAACCAAGUUCAGUGCAUGCAUGUCAAGUCAGUCACCUGGAAUCUACGGUUUCUCAUCUACGUUCUGAAUUACGAGAGGCUAAGAGAAUGUAUGAAGACAAGGUUGAAGAUCUUGAGAAGCAGUUGCACCUAGCUCAUUCCGAGAUGGCAGAAGCUCAGACAGAACAGGAUCAACGCAACCAAGAAUCUGGAAAUCUGAAGAACCAGAUUCAUCAAUUGUUGACUGAAGUUCAUAAAAAGGAGAUAGAACUAAGUCUAGAAAAAGAGCAGAACAAGCGAUUUUGGGAUCGGAACACAGACAACAGCAUCACCAUUGACCAUCUAAGGAGAGAACUGGACAACAAAAACAUGCAAUUGCAGCUCGUCGAAAACACAAUGAAGGAAAUGAGGACUGAAUGCCACAGACAAACGGAGCACCAGAUGGCUGCAGUUAAGGAAAAAAAUGAAAGCAUUGGAAGAAUCUCCUCUUUGACUGUCCAACUGGAGUCAACUAAGAAAACACUCUGUGAAGUUAAAGAAGGUCUUAGAGCCAAACAGAUCGAUUUGGAGGCUGCUGAGAAAACCGUGUCGAAUCUGACAGCCCGUCUACAGGCGAAGGAGGGAGCCCUUGAGGUUGCCGAUAAGGAAAUCAAGAAGCUGCAUUCACAACUUGGCAGUACGGUGCAGGAACUCCAGCAUCUAAAGAAUGAAGAGGACCGUUUACACCAUGUGCGGUCAGAGUGUGAAGCACUGAAAGUGCAGCUGGUAGAGAAGGAAAGGACUAUUGAGAUCUUCCAAAAGCAAAUUGAUAACAUGACCCAGAUUGUGGGCCAGCACAGUCGAACUACUGGAGCAAUUGAAGUUGAGAAAUCUCAGCUUAUUAAAGAAGUAAAUGACUGGAAACUCAAAGUAGAAGAACUUAAGAUUACAAAGGAUGAGAAAGAAGCCCGAAUACAUGAAACGGAGGCCAGACUGAGUGAACUGGAACUGCAGAAGGUUAAACUGGUUAACACAUGCACUGAGAGGCUCCAUGCACUUAAUGAUAUGAAACUGGAAAAAGACCAGCUAAUGAAUGAACUCCAAGCCAGUCGGAGCAAGCUAGCUGGCCUUGCAGAAGGAUUUGAAGAUUUGAAGAGGGAUUACCAGGAUAAAAUUGAGGAGAUGGAAAAUACUGCACACAGGCUGAGAAUGCGGUUGAAAACUGCCCAAGCUGAACUGGAACAGACCAGGACUGCUCUAAAGACUAUGGAGGGAUCUGAUGGCAAUGCUAUGAAAGUUGCAAUGGGAAUGCAGAAGCAGAUCACAGCCAAGAGAGGACAGAUAGAUGCAUUACAGAGCAAGAUUAAAUUCUUGGAAGAGGCAAUGGCAAAUGCAGCUAAGCAGAAGCAUUACCUCAGAGAAGAAAAUAGUAAACUAAGUCAAGAAUUGAGCUAUAUUAGAACAGAAAAUACCAAGAUUGCUGGGGAACUGGAGAUACUGAGAUCGCAAGACAAACGUCUGAAAGAAAAAAUACCUAAGAUGGAGACAGCCCUUGAUAAGGCAUCCAUGCAAUUUGCAGAAUGCCAAUGCAUAAUCCAGUGUCAGGAACAAGAAGCUAUGCGCUUCAGACUGCAGCAUACUUUAGAUGUAAAA